GUUCUCUGGAAGGAUAUUAUCUAGCCUACAGUAGUUUAUAUGCCUUUGGUGGGCUUUUUUUUAAAGAACAGUUGUGAGGAUUGGUGUGUGUAUAUACUAAGAAUUAUCCUGAAACGAGAUUAUUGGAGUUUUUUAUUGAUGUGCAAACUCUAGCAAGGGAGUAAACGGUUAAAUAGGGUAUUAUUUUAAGAUAAAACAUUUAUAGGUUAUUCAACCCAAAAACAAUUGACAACUAAGGGCAGAUAAUUUAAACUCUAACCAAAGAUCUAUAUCCAACAUUUUAUUUAUAGUAAUUGUGGAUUUUUUAUAAACCGAAAUAGGCCUAUUAGCCCACACGCUGAAUCCAAAAUGCCUAAAGGCGGUGAAAUGAUAAAGACGGUGUCGUAUAAAACGACUGAAACACCAACAGACGGACAUAACAAUUAUGUCCCUUAUUUAAAUGGUAAAAAUGUAUCAAACAACAGAGACGCCAUGUUUACUACAACUGUUAACAGCGAUAACUCGUCAAAGGAAAAACAAAAUGGCGGAACUUCCUUGCCAACCACGAAAGUCAUAAUACCCGGAAGUGAGGAUAGUAAAUCUCAGGAGAAGAAGAGCUCAACAGGUAUCUUACAAUUGUAUCGUUAUGUUGAUAAGGUAGAUGUGUUGCUGAUUAUUAUUGGAACCUUGGGUGCCAUGGCAACGGGAGCUGCUAUUCCUAUUAAUUUGGUUAUAUAUGGAGACGUCAUUCAAUCAUUUGUGGGAGUUGCCCCAGGCGUGCAAGCAGCGAUGAGAAAUAUGACCAUGGGGAAUAUGACCAUGGCACCGCCAGUUGAUGUAGUAAGCCAGGUGAAGGAUUUGGUCAUAUAUUUCUGUUUACUCGGCGUUGGAACAUUUAUUGCCGCUUAUUUCGCCAUUUCAUUUUGGAGUUGGUCAGCAGAACGCCAGUCAAACGUCAUGAGAAAGGAAUAUUUCCGCGCCAUUAUGCGACAGGAGAUUGGAUGGUUUGAUACUCAUGAAACAGGAGAACUGAAUACGAAACUAGCAGCAGAUUUACAAAGUAUAACAGAAUGUAUGGGUGAUAAAAUAGCUAUCUGUAUCCAGUUUUUAUCUACAGCUAUAGGUGGCUUCACCAUGGCGUUGGUACAGUACUGGAAGUUAGCUCUAGUAGCCAUGGCAUUCAGUCCAGUUGUAUUAUGCUGUGUAUUUAUUGUGAAUAGGAAAUUGCGACAAAUGUCGAUCACAGAAUCCAAGAUGUACGCCCAAGCUGGCGCUGUGGCAGAAGAAGCUUUAGGUGGUAUUAGAACAGUUCAGGCUUUCCAGGGUCAAGAGAAAGAAGCACAAAGGUAUGAAACUAACUUGAAGGUCAUGGAUAAACUAGCGGCUAAGAAAGGUAUUGCUUUCGGGUUGGCCACAUCAAUAUUCUGGUCCAUCAUAUUCCUGGCAUUCAGUCUGACCUUCUGGUAUGGCGUGAAACUAAGUCAAGAAGAAGAUAUAGAAGUUGGAAUCAUAAUACCGGUAUUUUUCGGUGUUAUGAUUGGCUCGAUGUCGCUAGGAAAUGCUCUACCUUAUCUGGAAACCUUCUCUAAAGCUCGUGGUUCAGCUGAUAAUGUCUUUAAAGUUAUUGAUGCCAAGCCCACUAUUGACGUAUCAUCAGACAAGGGAGAUAAACCAGAAAUAGAAGGAAAUGUUGAACUGAAAGGAAUCGCCUUUACAUAUCCUUCGAGGCCAGACGUUCAGGUGCUGCGAGAUUUAAAUUUGAAAGUAGAGAAGGGUAAAGUCGUAGCUUUAGUUGGAGCCAGUGGAUCCGGCAAAUCAACAGUGGUACAACUGGUCCAACGAUUCUACGAUGCCGAGCAAGGACAGGUUCUGGUAGACGGCAAAGAUAUUAGGACCUUUAAUGUCAGACAUUUACGGCAACAAAUCGGCGUGGUUAGCCAAGAACCAGUCCUGUUCGCAACGUCUAUAGCCGAGAACAUCAGGUACGGUCGAUUAGAUGUUAGUCAAGCUGAUAUCAUCCAAGCCGCUAAACAAGCCAAUGCGCAUGAUUAUGUAAUCUCCUUACCAGAGGGAUAUGAUACAUUGGUUGGGGAACGAGGAGCUCAGCUCAGCGGUGGACAGAAACAGAGAAUAGCCAUUGCACGUGCUCUAGUUCGUAAUCCUAAAAUCCUGUUGUUGGAUGAAGCUACCUCAGCUCUGGAUCAUGAAAGUGAAGCAGUUGUACAGGAUGCAUUAGAAAAGGCCCAGACUGGAAGAACUACGAUAGUUAUAGCCCACAGAUUAUCUACUGUAAAGAAUGCUGAUGAAAUAGUGGUUGUCGAUCAUGGUGUUAUUAAAGAACGUGGUGAUCACGAGACAUUGAUGAAUAAAGAAGAAUAUUAUUAUCGUCUGGUUAAAAGUCAGAUGAUGGCAUCCGAGAAGAAGCCGAAGACACCAGAUGACGUCUCGUCAGAAUCAGAAGACGAGGUAGAACAUGGAGCAGAAUCUGCACCUCUCGUGGUGACACAAUCUCGACCUACUUUAAUUAAAACUGCUAAAAGUUUGGACGAAAGUAGAAAAGCUGAAGAAGAUAAAAAGGUUGAAGAACCAGAAGCUAAAGUUGGUAGAAUAUUAAAGUUGAAUUCCCCUGAAUGGUUGUAUCUAACAAUUGGUUGCUUCUCAUCAUUUAUGGUCGGGUUAAACCAUCCGGCUUUUGCCUUCAUUUUAACAGAAUACAUCAGAGUAUUUUCACUACAGAACGACCCUGAUGAGCAAUCUAGAUUAAGCAUGUUGUUAUCGUUGAUAAUGGCUGGUAUUGCUAUAUUGGCGGCUGUUAUGAGAAUGUUACAGAGUUAUACAUUCACAGUUUCUGGGUCCAGACUAACUUCAAGGUUACGUAAAAUGGUUUUCAGAUCUUAUUUGAAACAGGAUAUGGAGUUCUAUGAUAAUAAAGAGAAUCAAGUGGGUAUUUUAACUACAACCCUAGCUUCUGAUUCAACUCUUGUUCAAGGUGCUACAGGUUCAAAGAUCGGGACAAUGGUUGAAAGCUUCACGUUAUUGGCAGCGGCUCUGGCCAUAGCUUUUGCUUACGGAUGGAAACUCAGUCUGGUAAUUCUAGCCUUCAUACCCGUCUUAAUUUUAUCCGGGAUCAUCCAGGGCAGAAUGACAACAGGUUUCAGUAAAUCUGAUAGUGGAAGCCUUGAUACGGCGGGCAAGAUUUGUUCAGAAGCUGUAGACAACAUUAGAACUGUAGCGGCUCUAACCAGAGACGACAUAUUCUUACAGAAAUAUGAGGAAAUGGUGAAUAUGGUUAAAAGAAAUGGAAGAAAGAAAGCCUUACUGUAUGGUAUAUUCUAUGCUAUCGCUCAGUCCAUUGUAUUUUUUGCAUAUGCUGCAUGUUUCUAUUAUGGUUCUGUUUUGGUUAAAGAUGGUGAAAUGGAGUUCUACAAUGUCUUCAGAGUAUUUUCAACUAUAAUAUUUGGUGGUAUGGUAAUGGGCAGACAUUCAGCUUACAGUAUGGAUUAUAAUAAAGCUAAAAUAGCCGCAGCUAGAUUAUUUAAAAUAAUUGACCGAGUUCCGGAAAUCGAUUCUACGGAUACCACUGGAAAGAAACUUGAAAACUUCAGUGGGGGACUAAAAUUAAAUAAUAUAAUAUUUAAAUACCCCUCGAGACCUGACGCUACAGUUUUAUCAGGUUUUGAUCUAGAGGUAAAUCCAGGUGAGACCGUCGCUUUAGUGGGCCACAGCGGAUGCGGAAAGUCGACCACAGUUCAACUUGUACAGAGAUUCUACAAUCCAUUAGAAGGCAAUGUGACUGUAGAAGGUGAGGAAAUGAGAGAGUUAAAUAUCCAAUGGUUACGAUCACAGAUUGGUAUCGUAUCACAAGAACCGAUCCUAUUCGAUACAACUAUCGCCGAUAAUAUAGCAUACGGUGAUAAUAGUAGACAAGUUUCUAUAGAUGAGAUAAUAACAGCAGCUAGAAAUGCCAAUAUACAUCAAUUUAUAGAAAGUCUACCUCUAGGUUAUGAAACUAAUGUCGGCGAUAAAGGGGCACAACUCUCCGGUGGACAAAAACAAAGAGUAGCCAUUGCACGUGCCUUGGUACGAAAUCCAAAAAUAUUGCUUCUUGAUGAAGCUACAUCAGCAUUAGAUACACAAAGCGAACAGAUUGUUCAAGAAGCAUUAGAUAAAGCCAGAUCAGGUAGAACGUGCAUUGUUAUAGCACACAGAUUAUCAACGAUACAAUCCGCCGAUAAAAUAGUUCUACUUCGUCACGGGAAGGUGGAGGAAUCCGGCACACAUUCACAAUUAUUGGAAAAGAAGGGUGCAUAUUACAGACUACAUCAAGCACAGAACAGACCUCGUAAAGCAUGAAACUCACCUGUUAACUUGAAUUAUUAAGACUGUUUUCCAUUUUAUUAAGAUAUUUUGACAUGCCUGCGUUUUGCCCAGUUACACGGAAGCGACCCCUUUACCUUUGUAUUAGACAGACCGGAAACCCUUUAUAAUCGCACACAUGGAAAUGGACCUUACUAUUAAGUUUUAUUAAAUAUAUUUACCAAAAGUGAGAAUCAGGGUCGGCUUAGCAUAGCAGCAUUAUAGGCCCCAAGGCAAAGCAGUGCAGUGGGGGGGGGGGGCUACCUACACAACUAUUCGCAGGAAUAAUGAUUUAAAUGGUCGAGCCAAUGUCCACCUGUAACACAAUAACAAAUAUUUAUAGUCUAGUAUUUAUAUAUUGACAUCAGAUCUGAAUAUGACUAGUUUAAUUGUUGACCUGGUUUUUGUUUUGGUGUGUUGUUUCAUUUGCGGAAGGUAGGGUGGGUUGAGGAUAGGUCUGUAAAACUUCUCCUACGAUACCUCCUGCAAAGUUGUAAGGGGUAUCGGAACCAGAGAAAAUAUUCCUCAGAAUCUAUUCUGGAUGUUAAUAUCCACACUAUUCUGGAGUGUUUCACAAGUAGCCAAACGAAUAUAGAAGUCUUUUGACAGAAGAGAGGGCCGGGGUGGGGGGUAACGACAGUGAUUUAGAUCAUAAGGUCUCUCAUUGACAGUGGCACGUUAAAAUGAAAACAAUAGGCCGUAGUUUGAAGAAUAUGUCUCCUAUUACCGCAAUGAAUACAUUUUUGGAUAGACGGGAUCUGGGUCGUGUUUUUGGUAUUUGAAAAUGUCACCAUUUCGAAUUUUGCCUUUGACAUUUUUCAUGCCGACAAAGUUGUUUACUAGUGAAAAAUCGCAUUAACUUCGCGAGAUUUUGACCAAUUUUAAUGAUUAUUUUUUCUUGUUGAGAUUCUUUAUAUAACCCAUGACAUGUGACAGGAAGAGACUGUGACUAUGAAAGCUUUCAUAUCUGCUUUGCAGAUCUAGUUAUUAUUAUUAUUAUUAUAUGUUGCUCUUGUACAGUGCCAUUGAAUGCAACAAAGAUAUAAUAAUGAGCGCUGUAUUAAGUUUGAUAACCGCAAAAUAUUAAAUAUGGACUUGCCUUUUAUUAAUUUAUUUUUGUA